GCCGGUACAGAGGAAGGAAAAGCACGCAUGCUUUCCAGGCCUUCAGGAUGGCACCGGGACUGAGUCUGCAGUGCGAUGUUUACAGUCCUUGAUCUCAGUGCUCAUUUGCUCUUUGCCAAGUUCUUGCAAGGGGCAGCGGCGUGCCAGAAGGAUGGCAGUUCCAGAAAAACUUUGUGGCGAGGGCGGGAGGAGCUGCAUUCCAGGGGAGGUGUAAUCCAGGUGGGUGGGCCCAUGGUAAAAAGUGUGGGUGAAAAAUGCCUCGAAUUCCAGCUUUUUCAAGAGUAUGCUUCUCUCUGUGAGUCACUAAGCCUUAAGAGAGAGAUUUCGACUUUUUAGAGUGGUGAGGAGCUGCCCAAAGACCAGGAACAAUUGGUGGUUGGAAAAAAUGUGGGGCUUUGUGGGAACUCUGGAGCGACUGAGUUGGCCACAUUUGACUCAGAAGUCUAGAUUAUGAACGAGACGGGCCUUUGGAUCCAGAGAGGUUGUUGAUCAUUUGGAGCGAAGCCUCCAUGUGUAGGAGGAGUCUACCUCCAUGCACCAAGCAAUGACCUGUACAGGUUUUUAGGUCUGAUGCAUCAGGGCUCUCCCUUCUGUUACUGUUUUGUCGUAUGUGCAUUAGGAAAUGUAAAGAUCCAGUGUGUGUUUGUUUUUCUCCAGGGUAAGUUUGCAAACUCACCAUAUGGUGGACAGGCAGGAUGGCGCUGUGGGAGGGAUGCAGCAUGGGGCAAGUGGAGGUUUGGGGUCAGAGCAAAAGGGAGACUCAUGCCAAGCUCUUCUUCUCUCUUCCCCACAACCACCUGGCCCUCUCCCAGCUGAUAACGCUGAGCGCAGCCGCGCAGUCCGUCACCAGCGAAGGGGCCAAAGGCGGUUAUCUGAGCUCAGCCCUGGCCAGCGGCAUCGCUGUGAUGAUGGCGAUCCACGUCUCGGGUGGCAUCUCGGGAGGGCACCUGAACCCGGCCUUCUCGCUGACCAUGUGCCUGCUCAAUCAGUGCCCCUGGUGGAAGAUGCCGAUAUUUUGCGCCGUGCAGGUCCUGGCCGCUUUUCUGGGUGCAGGCACCGUCUAUGCGCUGUAUUAUGAUGCUAUUCACAGCUACAGCAACGGGACGCUUGCGGUCACCGGGCCCCACGAGACGGCCUCCAUCUUCGCCACGUACCCGGCCCCCUACCUCUCGCUGCGCAACGGCUUCCUUGACCAGGUGCUGGGAACAGCCGUGCUGGUGGUGAGCAUUCUGGCCAUCACCGACGCCCGCAACAAGCGCAUCCCUCCGGGACUGGAGCCGCUGGCCGUGGGCUUGCUGGUUCUCUCCCUCUCCCUGGCCAUGGGUGCAAACUGCAGCUGCGCCAUCAACCCUGCCAGGGACUUGGGGCCGCGACUCUUCACCUACGUGGCUGGAUGGGGUCCCCAAGUAUUCAGUGCCGGACACUAUUGGUGGUGGGUUCCUGUUCUGGCCCCACUGGUGGGCGCAGCAGCCGGUACAGCCGUGUACCAGCUCGGGGUAGAGAUUCAUCACCCUCCCGCCCAGGACGAGGAGGAAGCCCUGAGCACCGAGAAGCCUCGCCGAGGAGCGGAGAAGGACGUGGAGACCCCGGUUUAUGCUGUUAACAUGUAUGCGGAGACGUGGGCAGACGGGAACCUGGAGGUCCUCCCUGCAGGGCAGCGUGGCAAAUAGGACGCAGGAGGCGACCGGGGAGGCUGGGCUGACUCGACGCCUUUCCCUUCUGAUUUAUCCAUUGGACGGAGCUGAUGUUACUAGCGCUCGGGAUGACCCAGAGCAGGGUGGUGUUUAUGCCGAUGACAGAGAGAAACGGGGACUUUGUGAUGGUGGGCAACAGCCUUUCUGGAAGUCUGUGCUCGGUGCCCAGUCUAGGUACCUGAUAGCAAAGGUCCUUUUGCAGAUGGGAGGAGAUGUAGCUCAAUAGCAAAUCACCUCCUUUGCAUGCAAGCCAGUUCCUGGUUUAAUCCCGGUACGUUUCCCAGAUAACGCCGAUAAAGCCCUCUUGUCUGAAAACCUGCAGAGGCAUCACUGACCUGUGUAGCAAAUACUGAGCUAGGACCAAGGAUUUAAUCCAGCUUAGAGUGGGUUGCGAUCUAAAUUAGCUUUCUUCAGAUCCAUGAGGAACAGAACCUUGUUUUCUUCUUGGGGAAGGCCAACAAUCCAUUGGCAGGAGCCAGUCAUUUUAUGCAGACUGCCUGCCUUCUCCGGGUAAGACUGGGGACAACAUCCACCCUGGCCCAAAACCUCUGAUGGCUGUUCCUGGUCCAACUCAAUGGCUCGAUUUUGUAAGAUGCAGCUUUCUCUGGUCUCCCCCAGAUUCUCUUUUUGCUGGUGUGCUUUCUUUGCCUGCGCACACUCUCUUGAUUCCCCUUUUUUCUGCCCGCGUGAGUUUCACAGCGUUGUAACCAUGUUUUGUGCAACAGCGGGAUAAAAGCGGCUGUCUUGCGACAAGGUGCUUCUGACUGGGUUGCAUCCGAGCAGCGUUCUUCCACUGAACGAAGCCGUUCUGCCGGCAGAGCUGGGGGGGCUGGUUGCUUGUUUCCCUCUGCAGCAUC